CUCUCCUUUGAACCACUCAACUUUUCACAGCUGGAGAAGAAUGAGCCCAGGAAAUCACUCUGCCUUAUUUGUCCUUGAGGGGUUAACAGACCAGCCAGGGCUCCAGAUCCCACUCUUUUCUCUGUUUCUAUUGAUCUAUGUGGUCUCCAUGGUGGGAAACUUGGGUUUAGUCUUUUUAAUCAGGAUUAGCUCUCAGCUUCACACACCCAUGUAUUAUUUUCUCAGUAACUUGUCCUUCAUAGAUCUCUGCUACUCCUCUGUUAUAAUACCAAAGAUGCUGGUGAACUUUGUAUCAGAGAAGAAUUCCACAUCCAUUCCUGAAUGCAUGGCCCAGCUGUUUCUGUUCUCUUUCUUCGGCAUUGAUGACUCUUACAUGCUAACAGUCAUGGCCUAUGACCGCUAUGUUGCCAUUUGCAACCCCUUGCUCUACAAUGUCAUCAUGUCUCACACAGUCUGUGUGCUACUGUCCACUGCUGUAUAUGCUAUGGGGGCCUUUGGGGCCACGGUCCAUACCAGCUACAUAUCCAGCCGUUCCUUCUGUGGAACUAAUAUCAUUCACCAUUACUUCUGUGACAUCCUCCCUCUUCUGAAUAUAGCUUGCUCAAGAGACUAUACCAAGGAGUUUUGGGUGAUGAUACUGGUUGGAUUUAAUGUAUUUGCAAGUGUGUUUGCCAUCAUCAUCUCUUAUGCCUUCAUCCUUGCCAGCAUCCUGAGAAUACGUUCAGCCGACGGCAGAUCCAAAGCCUUUAGCACCUGCAGUUCCCAUCUUGCAGCUGUUGGAAUCUUCUAUGGCUCCAUCAUCUUCAUGUAUUUUAAACCAUCUACAGGUGACACAACCCAGGGAAAAGUGGCUUCUGUCUUUUACACCACAGUGAUUCCCAUGCUUAACCCCCUUAUAUACAGCCUUAGGAACAAAGAUGUCAAAGACGCCAUAAAAAAACUUGUGAAUGGUGGGAUAUUCUCUCAGUCUGUAUAGAAAACAGCACCUUUAAGCUAGCAAUUUAAACAUUCAUUUUGUCCUUUAAAUUGUCUUGCAUGUAAGAAUACUAUUUCAAGUUGAAGGGUCA